CUGCUCCCUUCACCGCCGCCGACAAGCGAGGGAGCGAGGAGGCCACUUUGGCUCAAGUCCGCCCCCGGCUGCCGCCCCGCUGCAGACCGCCCGCCGCGCUCGCCGCGACCAGCCUCCGCAGGGCACACACCUCAGGGCAGCAAUGGCCGACGCCGCCGCCGCCGCGCGCGCCGUCUCGUCGGGGCGGCGCGUGCCCGGGACCAUCCUCCCCGCGCCUGCGCUGACCUCGGGCGCCGCGGCCGCGAACGGGGGCUUCCCGCCGCACCUGAAGGUGAUCCGUCAGCUGGGGUCCGGCUCGUACGGCACCGUGCACCUGUGCGAGGACAGGAACACCGGGAAGCAGGUUGCCGUGAAGCACGUCAAGAAGGCCCCGUCCCACGGCAAGAGCAUGCUGCGGGAGAUCCGGCUCCUGGCCCGCCUGCGGCACGACAACCUGCUGCACCUGCUGGACCUCCCCGCGGUGUCCUCGGCGAACUUCGAGGACAUCUACCUGGUGCUGCCCUACAUGCCCUCGGACCUGCACAAGGUCAUCCACUCCAAGCACCAGAGCCUGAGCGACAAGCACGUGCAGGUCAUCAUCACGCAGAUCCUCAGGGCGCUGGGCCACCUGCACGCUGCUGGCGUGGCCCACAGGGACCUCAAGCCCGCGAACGUACUGAUCACGCACGACUGCAAGGUGAAGAUCUGCGACUUCGGGCUGGCGCGGGGCGACAUGCAGCUCGACGCGGAGGGCGAUGAGCCCGACCAGGCGAGCGGGGUGCUCACGGAGUACGUGGUGACGCGGUGGUACCGGGCGCCGGAGGUCAUGCUACUUCCCAAGCAGUACACCUCCGCCGUGGACGUCUGGUCCGUCGGGUGCAUCUUGGGCGAGAUCCUGAUGCGCAAGGCGAUGUUCCCGGGGAAAAACCACGUCGACAUGGUCUGCAAGUUCGCGGAGACCCUCGGCAAGCCCACGGAGGAGGAGCUCGAUUGGCUCCCACACGACACCGACGCCUACCGCUUCGUCAAGAAGGUCUGCCCCCCGAGCGCCGGGGUGUCCCUGUCCGCCCUCAUGCCGGGCAGCUCCAGCGCGUGCCGGGGCCUCCUGCGCGCCCUCCUCCGCUGGCACCCGCAGCAGCGGCUGACGGCCGCCCAGGCGCAGGAGCACGAGUACCUCCGGGCCUACCGGCCCAGGGAGGCGCCGGUGCCUCCGGAGCCCUUCGACUGGUCGUUCGACGGCUUCCACCCCACCGCGCGGGCGGUGCGGGAGCGGCUCUACCGCGAGUGCGCGCGCUACCACCCCGAGAUCCUGGAGCGCGACGGCAUCUCGGCGGGCCCGCCCAACCGCCCCCCGGCCGGCGCCGCCGACCCCGCGCGUGCGGCGCAGCCCAGCCGCCCCGCGUCGCGCGUGGCGCCCGGCGAGACGACGCCGCCGCGGCCGCUGCCGGCCGUCGGCGGCGUCGUGGACCCGAAGCGCCGCGUGGCGGGCGGCGCCGUGCCGAUCAUCCGGGGCAUGGGCGGCCAGUGAGGCUCCGCGUCCUUGAUCCUGCUCCCCCUCGUCCUUCCGCCGCACAACCAUCGGGACCCUUCUUCUUCCUGGUUCCCCGCCUCCCCUCGCCGACGGCCAAUGCAGACGCGCCGCUGCCCCUCUCGUGCACGAGCAGCAGCAGUAGUCUUUAAUCCAGGGGCCCGCCCCUUGCUCAAUUUGUCAGUGGUGCAGCUCUCUUCCGGAGGCUCCAGGCUCACGCCUUCAGUGCCCUCCGCUUGUGCUCCGGUAGGCGGACGACUCGUGGAGGAGGAGGAGUAGAUCGGUCCUUGUCAGUUUUUUCGCCAGUCCCGCUGCAGACGUCGCCUCAGCGGAGCGGCAGUUAGGCCCCGUGCCAGUUCCCUCGAGGACAUCCGGUUUAUGUAUCAGUCGUGCCGACAGCCAGGCCCGAAUUCGAGUGCUUAGGAUGACUGCAAACGUGGCUCUAGACUCUCAGAGAAAGUC